AUCCCAUUUAAAACUUUCAAAACCCUCCCUGUAACUGUCUCUCUCUCUCUCUCUCUCUCUCUCUCUCUUCCACACACACAGAGACACACCCUCUGCAAAACCCUAGCAGUCUCUCUGCUAUACACCCACUGUUCCUUACCAUGCACCCUCACGCCUACACUGUCGAUUCACAUUCCAAAUCCCAGGACCUCGCAGCCACCGUCCUUUCCUCCUCCACACCCGCCCAAAUCUCCUCUGCCUGCGCCUCCAUCGACUCCGUCCUGCACUCCCUCUCCCCUGACCAGUCCCGCCAUUUCUUCUCUGUCACCUUCCCAACUCUAAUCCGCAAGCUCUUCGGCUUCGACGAUGCUCAACCUUCAUCGUUUCCAUCGACCUCGACGACUACCAAUCCGCACUCAUCCAACGGCUGGAUUGACACCGUCAUCGCAUCCAACGAUCCUGAAUUAGCUAACAGGGUUUUCUCUCUUCUAGCCCCCAACGGAGUCCUUCUUAGCUCGAUUUCUGCCGUCGAUCGUCUCUCGCUCGUCAAGUAUGUCUUCCCAUUCGAACGGUUGCCUGAGUGGGCCCGGUUCAUGCUCUCGUCGGAUAAGAAUUGCCGCGUUUUAUCCGAUUUGUGCCCCAUUUUCAAAGGUAGGGUUAAGGAAGAUUCGAUUAAAAGCUCUGUGUAUCAAAUUCAGCUUAGUGUAUUUGAAUAUUACAUGUUUUGGUUCGCUUACUACCCUGUUUGUCGGGGAAACAAUGAGAAUUCUGACAAUGUUUCCGCGAAGAGAAGUAGAAGGUUCAAAUUGGAGAAUUGGGUUUCUUCUAUUUCGGGUUUUUCGAGUGCUAGACGCAGCUCAGAGCAUAAAAUUGAGUGCAAUUUAUAUAUGAGGCUUCUUUAUGCUUAUCUUCGUGCAUUUGUGCCUGUACAUGAUUUGAAUUCGCAUCAGCCUUAUCGUAGUUCGCUUCUUCAUCACUCUAUGAGUUUUGACGGUACCAUUAUAAUGCAAGCAGAGUUCCUUGUUAACACAUUCACACAUUUUUGGUUGGUUGACAAUGAUUUUUCGCCUUUACCUGUAAAUUUGUGCAAGUCUUUUGGGGUGUCAUUUCCAUUACAUUCGGUUCUCGGGGAGACCCCGCCAACUGCCGGGCUGGGAGAGUUUGUGAAUUUGUUUGUGAAAUACUUGAAUUUGAGUUCCUUAGUGCAUACAGAUGGAAAUGAGAAUGUGGAACAUAAUGGGAGUCCAAGGUGGAGGAUAACAGGUUCAUUUGAUUCUUCAAAGUCUAAGGAUGUUAUGGUUGGAUCACCCAAUUUUCGAACUGUUGGAACUUGGAACUUAUCGAUACAGAGGCCAUUGUACAGGUUUAUAUUCAGAACAUUUCUGUUUUGCCCCAUGGAAACUUCGAUAAAGAAUGCAUCUCAGGUGUUUUCAGUUUGGAUUAGUUAUAUGGAACCUUGGUUGAUUAGUUUGGAUGAUUUUGUUGAUCUGGAUGUUAUUGUCAAUGCAUCAGCUAAGAAUUCGAGAAAAGCAGAUUCACAGGACCUAGUUGGGGGGUACACAUCCUCUUGGCAGGGCUAUGUCUUAUCCAAUUAUCUGUACUAUAGUUCCUUGGUUAUGCAUUUUAUUGGGUUUGCACACAAGUUUCUUCAUGCUGAUGUGGAAAUAAUAGUUCAAAUGGUCUUGAAGGUUAUAAAUGUAUUGACAUCAUCUAAAGAGCUAUUUGACCUUAUAAAGAUGGUGGAUUCUGUUUUCCAUUCCAAACAAGCUGGAUGUGGGAAGUCAAUGCUCAACAGCUUAUGUAGAUUUGUCCCUUCAAUUCGUGAGCAAAUGCAGGAUUGGGAGGAUGGAUUAUCUGAGAGUGAUGCUGAUGGAUCUUUCUUGCAUGAGAAUUGGAACAAAGAUCUACGUCUCUUUAGUGAUGGAGAAGAUGGAGGACAGCAACUACUUCAGUUGUUCAUACUGCGAGCAGAAGCCGAGUUCCAAGCCAUUUCUGGUGAAAAUCUUGCUCACAACCUUCAGGCUAUAGAUUCAUUGAAAACAAAAGUGGGUUACCUGUAUGGUGGCCACCCAAUAAAGACACUAUCAUUUUCUCCUGAACCAAAAGAACAUCAGCAAGCUCGCAGUGAAAUAUUCAAACCGAGAAAAAUUGGCAGCCAUAUGAUGGCGGAUAUCAAAUAUAAGGGUGACUGGAUGAAACGCCCCAUCUCUGAUGAUGAGGUUGCUUGGCUUGCAAAAUUGCUUGUCUGGUUGUCAGCUUGGUUGAACGAGAGUCUUGGAUUAAAUCAACCAGAUAGCAGCCAAGUAAGUUCUACAUGGUCUUAUGUGGAGGUUUCUACUGAUGAUGUGUACAACAUACGUGGUCCAGCAGAAACUAUCAAGGCUGUUUCAUGUGCUGUGUGUUCUUGGUUACUUAUGUUGAGUACAAUAAUGGUGAGGCAAAUGAGAAAACAUGGUCUGAGGGUGAACCUUAGAAUGUUUGCAUCGAAGAAGGUUGUAAUGGUUUUGCUUUUGUCUGCUGUAUUUAGUAUACUCAAGAAAGCUUUUGGACAGUUUCAUAGAGUGUAGGUUUCAGAACAGGAAUUUUGAGCAAAAGGGAAACAAAAAUUGUGUAUAGAAAUGGAGAAACGAGUUUUUUUGUUUCUUUGUAUUGAGUGCAUUUCUUUUUCUUUUACUAUUAUUGUUAUUAUUAUUAUUAUUAUUAUUAUUUUAAUUUGUAAUUAAAAUUGUUAUUAUUAUUAUUA